GAGAAAAGAAGAGUAAUAAUCAAGUACAGAGUAAAAAGUAACUACGUGAUAAUGUCGUCGACUUGGAUAAAGGGUUUAACGUUAUUGCUCUUGGUUUCUUCUAUCUUGGCUCAAGAUGGAUGCACUUGUGGCAGUCUUGGAUCAGGUAAAAAUCCAUGUAGCUGUAAUGACAUCGUCGUUCAAGCUGCUGAAGUGACGAAACCUAUACAGUAUCAUGUAUCACCAGAAGCAAUAAACGAAGCUGUAACAAUUCGUGAAGGUGGAAAAUCAGGACAUUCUGAAACGCAAACUAAUACAUUGAUUAUACCGGAUUUCACAACUGUGUCUACACAAUCGGACACUACUGUUACUAAUGUAAUUGAUAAUAUCUUAAAUCCAAGUAGUAGUAUUUCUAAUCCAUCGAUCAAUCUAGAAGUCCCGAAUAAAUAUUCUCCCUCCGAGUUGACCAGUGUCACCAUUCAGACAGAACCUACUUCUUCGGAUAAAAACGUUCAAAUAGUACCCAGUUUCUCGCCUGUUAGUAAUCUUUGCAACCCGUCGAGCAAACUAACGGCAUUAACAUUGGGAACACGCGUUAAAGUAACUCCUGCGUAUCCUGUUAAAAUGAAAUGUUGUCGAGGUAGUCCUUAUCAAGAAUGUAUUAAAUACAUAUCGGGUAUUCGCGGCAAUCCUUCUAGCGUGACACAUCAUAUCGGAACUCCUAUCGGAUUGCCUCAAUCAGAAUCCGGAAUUGGAAGUUACGAUACCUCUAGCAUCACCAACGAUAUUCCUGCUCCUUUUGGAACUCCUAGCGGAUUGUCUCCAUUGGGAUUCGGAAAUGGAAAUUAUGGUGCCUCUAGGAAUAUCUAUGAUAUUACUAAUCCUUUCGGAACUCCUAAUGGAUUGUCUCAAUCGGUAUUCGGAAGUGGAAGUUACAGUACCUCUAGCAUCAUUAAUGAUAUUCCUACUCCUUUUGUAACUACUAUCGGAUUGCCUCAAUCUGAAUUUGGAAACGGAGGUUACACUAGCUCUUAUAAAAUCUACAACACUCCUUUUGGAACUGUUCAAGGUGGAAUUCCAUCGCAACGUCGACCACAAGACCAAUUACCAGCAGAUCCCAUAUCAUUGACUCUUGCUUAUAAAAAUCUGGUUGCACCACAAAUAUAUUAUAACAAAGGAAAGAAAUUAAUAUCAGAGGGAAGUAUAUCGUUUGGACAUAGAACAUUGCCGAUCGAAGCGAAGAAAGAAAAGAAAUUGAUUGAUAUACCCGAAGAAAAACUUGUUAUCGUCGAUAAGCCUAUUGUUGAAUUGAAACACUCUCCUGCGAGUUCUAUAAUGAUCGGCGAGAACGACGACGAGGAAGAUAAUCUUGCCGAGCUUGAAGCUAUGGAACGUGAAAACUUGGAACAGAGAGAACAAGUCAAUCGCGUGAGAACGAAUUUUUUAAGUUACGGAGACGUAGGUUACCGACCAAUCGAUAUAAACGUUGUCGAGUCAGGCCUCGCCACAAACACACCUUCGAUAAAUCCUCAAGGAAUAGACCAAAGGAAUGUACCAAAUGGAGAAGAAAAUGGCGUAGGUGGAAAAUUAAUUGGAACAAAUGUAGGAUAUAAAUCAACAGGAUCUUGCGGACCCAUUGGACCUCCUUUACCAGGUUAUAUACCAGGAUCUAUAAUAAUUAAAAACGAUGUCGAAACAGAGACACCAAGAGACAUUGAAGAGAUUGACACGAAUACUUAUAAUUACAAUGUCGAUAACAUUGAAAUCAACGAGGACAACCAAUUUGGCCCAGAAUCAGGAAUCAUUGCUAGAUUACGCAAUGCAGCACGAAAACAUUCGGUAUCGUCCUUGUGCUUUAAAUGAUGACCUACCUUAGCCCGCUUAAAUUUAUAGAAAAAUUCUAAUUGUCUGUUAAAUAUCAAACGUAUCGUUUGAAAUCUUUAUUGUGCCAUUUCGCUUCGAGUAUAAGAUAUUUACUUUAAACAUA